AGAUCUCAAAGUCUUUAACUUUCAUACCCAAAAUAGGAAGAAGAGGUCGGUCAUCAAAAUCACCCUUCACAACUCUGAAGCUCCUCCAAGUUCUCUCUCUCCUCACGUUCCGAAGCUGCUCAAAGAUCUGAUUAAGUUCUGGUAAAAAGUUUCAAAAUUUUGAUUUAAUUAAAACAUCUACUUCUUGAAUAUGCUCUCAUCUGUUAGAGAAGAGACUUGAUUUUUAUUUAGUUAGGUACUGAUCUUUUCAUUGAAAGGGUGUUCCUUUCUCUGUUUCUGAGGGUAAAGGGUUUAGUUGAUUUUAGCUAUAUUUGGACAGGAGUGGAGUUUAGCUGAUCAUAAGCAUGUCGACAAACAAAAAGACAAUAGUUUGGUUCAGAAGGGACCUAAGGAUUGAGGAUAACCCUGCAUUAGCAGCCGCUGCUCACGAAGGAUCUGUCUUCCCUGUUUUCAUCUGGUGUCCUGAAGAAGAAGGACAGUUUUAUCCAGGAAGGGCUUCAAGAUGGUGGAUGAAACAAUCACUUGCUCACUUGACUCAAUCCUUAAAAGCUCUUGGAUCUGAGCUCACUUUAAUCAAAACCCAUAACACCGUUUCAGCUAUCUUGGACUGUGUUCGAGCAACCGGUGCUACUAAAGUCGUCUUUAAUCACCUCUAUGAUCCUGUUUCGUUGGUUCGAGACCAUACCGUGAAGGAGAAGCUUGUGGAACGUGGGAUCUCUGUGCAAAGCUACAACGGAGAUCUAUUGUAUGAGCCGUGGGAGAUAUACUGUGAAAAGGGCAAACCUUUUACGAAUUUUAAUUCUUACUGGAAGAAAUGCUUAGACAUGCCUGUUGAAUCCGUUGUCAUUCCUCCUCCUUGGCGCUUGAUUCCUCUCACUGCAGCUGGAACGGUUUGGGCGUGUUCAAUCGAAGAGCUAGGAUUAGAAAACGAGGCGGAGAAGCCGAGCAACGCGUUGCUAACCAGAGCUUGGUCUCCAGGGUGGAGCAACGCUGACAAGAUACUAACCGAGUUCAUCGAGAAGCAGCUCAUAGACUACGCAAAGAACAGCAAGAAAGUCGUUGGCAACUCAACCUCUUUACUCUCUCCCUAUCUCCACUUCGGGGAGAUAAGCGUCAGGCGCGUGUUCCAAUGCGCCAGGAUGAAACAAAUCAUAUGGGCGAGAGACAAGAACGGCCAAGGAGUAGAAAGCGCGGUUCUUUUCCUCAGGGGGAUCGGUCUAAGAGACUACUCUCGUUACAUAUGUUUCAACUUCCCUUUCACUCACGAGCAGUCUUUGCUGAGUCAUCUCCGUUUCUUCCCUUGGGAUGCUGACGUGGAGAAGUUCAAGGCGUGGAGACAAGGCAGGACUGGGUAUCCGUUGGUGGAUGCUGGGAUGAGAGAGCUUUGGGCUACUGGAUGGAUGCAUAACAGGAUUAGAGUGAUUGUUUCGAGCUUCGCUGUGAAGUUUCUUCUUCUUCCGUGGAAGUGGGGGAUGAAGUAUUUUUGGGAUACUCUUUUGGAUGCUGAUUUGGAGUGUGACAUUAUUGGAUGGCAGUAUAUCUCUGGCAGCUUGCCUGAUGGACAUGAGCUUGAUCGCUUGGACAAUCCUGCGAUACAAGGCGCAAAGUAUGACCCGGAAGGAGAGUACAUAAGGCAAUGGCUACCCGAGCUCGCGAGGUUACCAACUGAAUGGAUCCAUCAUCCAUGGGACGCUCCAUUAACAGUACUCAAAGCCUCUGGUGUGGAACUCGGAACUAACUACGCCAAACCCAUUGUAGACAUCGACACAGCUCGUGAGCUGCUAACCAAAGCCAUAUCAAGAACUCGUGAAGCACAGAUCAUGAUCGGAGCAGCUCCUGAUGAGAUUGUAGCUGAUAGCUUCGAGGCCUUAGAGGCUGCUAAUACCGUUAAAGAACAUGGUUAUUGCCCGUCUUCUAACGACCAGCAAGUACCAUCGGAUGUUCGUUACAGUGGGUCAAAGAGAGUGAAACCCGCUGAAGAAGAAGAAGAGAGAGAGAUGAAGAAACUUAGAGGAUUCAACGAAGUUAUUAGAGAAGAAGAAGAAAGGGGUUUGUUUUCUACUGCCGAGUCUUCUUCUUCUUCGAGUGUUAGGAGUGUGUUCAUGGUUUCUCAUUCUUGCUCGCUGGUGUCAGAAGGGAAGAACUUGGAAGGUAUUCAAGAUUCUUCUGAUCAGAUUGCUACAAGUUUGGGGAAAAAUGGUUAGAAAAUGAUCAAAAUAAAGCUUUAAUGUUAUUCUCUCUGUUAUAAUAAUUACUAUAAAACCUAACAUGUAGAAGUAUGAAUGUGUGUCUCUUGACUCUUUGCUCCUUGUGAUGAUGCUCCUAUGGACAAGAUGGAAUAAGCCUAUGUUAUAUUUGCU